AUGAGCAAAAGAACUGUAGACAACAAAUCAAAGCAAGAAGGCUGGAUUGAUUGGAGAACCAGCAGUGCUAGAGCAAAGCUCCUCGAAGAUCUGCAUAAUGGAACACUUCCACUUGAAGCAACGGAGCUUACGGCAAAGAAUGCAUGGGUUUUCUAUCAGAACAAGGAAGGCUUUGAGAAUGUUGUUUUUGCCCAGUUCAAAGCUCGCCUGGCUGACCACAGAAAACAGGUGAAGGAUAAGAAGGCAGGAGUUACAGGCAACAAGAAGAAAGGUUGGAUUGAUUGGAGGUCCAAUGCAGCUUUGAAAGCCAAGAACACAAUCACGGAAGAUUUGGUCCAAGGCAUCCUGCCACUUGAAGAAAACGUGAUUCCGGUUGAAGACCUCUGGACUCACUAUGAAAACGAGGCUGGCUUUGAAAAAGUGUGUUUCGAUCAGUUCAAAGAACGCUUGGAAGCUCACAGGGAGCAAGUUAAGACUACAUUGGCCAGAUCAAGGUAUGAGGAAGAGUGUCUUCGGCAUGACAGAAUUCUAUUUCCCAGGGAGGAAGUGGAUGACAAUGGCAUACCCUUUUUUGAUUUGCACCCAGCCAAAAAAUUGCUAGAGGAUGAUGUGGCCGCAAACAAGCACGCUUCAAUGAAACCUGAGCAGCUUCGUCAAACACGAGAGGAGUACAAGGUCUUCCCAAACAGCUAUUUCAGACCUAGGAUCUACCAAGCUGUUCGCAAGCUAAAAUUCAUCAACUAUUUGAACUACGCUAGAGAAGUAAAAGACAAAAUGCUGAGAUCCAAACAAAAAAUCAACAAUGAGGAAGAAAUCGACGAUAUCCGUAAGGAACUCUUUGCAGUGAGAAGAAAAAAACAGAAAGUAGUAGCCUAG